ACAGCAGUAAACAGACAUAUCUUGUAAAUUUUUAAUUUAAAUAAAUAGAAUUAUUACUCACGUGGUAAAAUAAUUAAUCAAAUAUGAUUGAUGUAAUAUCUAAUAUAUAAUUAGAUAAGAUACAUAUACGUAUGAAUGAACAUAAAAGAGUAUUUAAAAAAACACGUUUAUUUAUACACUCACACUAUUAUAUGUGCAAGCAGAAAAAAAUUAUUUUUGAAAUAAGAAGUUAAUAGUAUGGGAUUGAUAUAUAGAAGAAUUGACAUUUACCAUUAAUUGGAUAAUCAAUUUUAUUGAAGACAUUUAUGGUAGUGACAAACACUAACCAAUUCUGACCUAUAUUGAAUUGAUUUUGUAUUUCUCUAUCUAUCUUACAAUUAAAGUCACUGCUUUAGAUUGAGAGAAUAGUUUUGAAUUUUGGUUUUGAAUAUAAUGGAUGAUACUUAUGAUGCUAUUGUUUUGGGUACUGGUUUAAAAGAAUGUAUUUUAUCUGGAAUGUUAUCAGUAAGUGGAAAGAAAGUUUUACACAUUGAUCGAAACAAAUAUUAUGGAGGAGAGUCAGCAUCAAUUACUCCGUUAGAAGAUUUAUUCAGUAAAUUCAAAGCUCCCGUUCCUGAUAAAAGUUAUGGCAGAGGUAGAGAUUGGAACGUAGAUUUGAUUCCAAAAUUUCUGAUGGCUAAUGGACUUCUAGUUAAACUUUUAAUACAUACAGGAGUUACACGUUAUGUAGAAUUCAAAUCUAUAGAAGGAUCUUAUGUUUACAAGUCUGGAAAGAUAUCAAAAGUUCCAAUCGAUCAACAAGAAGCUUUGUCCAGCGAUCUAAUGGGUAUUUUUGAAAAGAGGCGCUUUAAAAACUUUUUAGUAUGGGUUCAAAAUGUACAAGAAGACGAUCCGAAGACGUGGGAUGGAUUUGAUCCAUUCAAAAAUCCAAUGAGUGCUUUGUACAGCAAAUUUAAUUUAGACAGAAAUACACAAGAUUUUACAGGACAUGCUUUAGCUCUAUACAGAAAUGACGACUAUAUUUCUCAAAGUGCGAUUAUUACAAUCCGCAGAAUUAAGUUAUAUAGUGAAAGCUUAGCACGGUAUGGAAAAUCGCCAUAUUUGUAUCCUCUGUAUGGAUUGGGAGAAUUACCUCAAGGUUUUGCUCGUCUCAGUGCUAUUUAUGGCGGUACAUACAUGUUGGAUAAACCUGUAGAUGAAAUUAUUAAGGAAAAUGGAGUAGUUAUUGGCGUCCGCUCAGGGACUGAAAUAGCAUCUUGUAAGCAAGUGUUUUGCGAUCCAACAUACGUUCCUAAUAUGGUACACAAAGCUGGUCAAGUUAUUCGCUGUAUUUGUUUGUUAGAUCAUCCUAUUCCAAACACAGGAGACGCGCUUUCGACACAAAUCAUUAUUCCACAAAAACAGGUUAAUCGUAGUUCAGAUAUUUACGUUUCUCUCAUUUCAUAUACACACCAAGUGGCAGCAAAAGGAUGGUUCAUUGCCAUGGUCUCGACAACUGUAGAAACGACUAAUCCUGAAAUAGAAAUAAAACCUGGACUAGACUUACUAGGAUCCAUUAAACAAAAAUUUAUAUACAUUUCAGAUUAUUUGCAACCUCUAGAUGAUGGAACCACAAAUCAACUUUUUAUUUCCACCAGUUACGAUGCUACUACUCAUUUCGAAACAACUUGUUUAGAUGUGCUUAAUAUCUUUAAACGAGCAACUGGAGAAGAGUUUGACUUUAACAAAGUUAAGCAAGAAUUAGGUGAUGAAGAAUAAUAAUGAAAAAACUUUGAAAGGCACAAAAUAAAUUUAUAAUCAUUUCGUUC